AUGGAGACGGGGGCGUUGGUAUGCACGGCGGCGUUGAUCGGGCUGGGGCUGUACUGGUUUGUGUGGGUUAUGGGAUCGGCGGAGCAGAAGGGGAAGCGAGCGGUGGAGCUGAAGAUGGGAUCCAUCUCCCGUGACAAGGUCCAGGACAAGUACAAGCAGUACUGGUCCUUCUUCCGUCGUCCCAACGAGAUCAGCGAAUCCGCCGAGAAGGAGAAGGUCCCCGCGUUCGUGGACACCUUCUACAACCUCGUCACAGAUAUCUACGAAUGGGGGUGGGGGCAAUCCUUCCACUUCUCCCCCUCCCUCGCCGGGCGCUCCCACCUGGAGGCCACCCGUAUUCACGAGGAGCGCGCCUCCGACCUCAUCGGCGCCCGCCCCGGCCACCGCAUCCUCGACGUCGGCUGCGGCGUCGGGGGUCCGAUGCGCGCCAUCGCCGCGCACUCCCGCUCCAAUGUCGUCGGCAUCACCAUCAACGAGUACCAGGUCAGCCGCGCCCGCGCGCACAACUGCAAGGCUGGCCUGGACUCCCUCUGCGAGGUCGUCUGCGGCAACUUCCUCCAGAUGCCGUUCCCGGACUCCAGCUUCGACGGCGCCUACUCGAUCGAGGCCACCUGCCACGCCCCGAAGCUGGAGGACGUCUACGGCGAGAUCUACCGGGUGCUCAAGCCCGGGGGGCUCUACGUCUCCUAUGAGUGGGUCACGACGCCGCUCUACCGGCCGGAGGAUCCGGAGCAGGUGGAGGUCAUUCAGGGGAUCGAGCGAGGGGACGCCCUCCCCGGUCUGCGGCGGCAGGACGAGAUUGCUCAGAUCGCGAAGAAGGUGGGCUUCGAGGUGGUGCGGGAGGAAGAUCUGGCGCGGCCCCCGGCGGGGCCCUGGUGGGCGCGCCUGAAGAUGGGGCGCCUCGCGUACUGGCGCAACCACUUGGUUAUCAAGGCCCUCUCAUUCCUCGGGAUCGCGCCCAAGGGGGUGGCCGACGUUCACGAGAUGCUCUUCCUCACCGCCGCCCACCUCAGCCGCGGCGGCGAGACCGGCAUCUUCACCCCGAUGCACAUGAUACUCUGCCGGAAGCCUCUCGACAACGCCGCCGCCUAA